CGCUGACAGACAGGUGUGUGGAGGAACAGGUAGCUUGUUUUGUACGACUCAUGUCAGAGCAACAGGUUGAAUGUUUGUUGGCGCUGCACUUGUGAUGGGGAGAGAGCUUUGUGCGGGGAGUCCGCAACGACAGGAAUGUUCCAGAGUCCAGACCUGAGAUGCUGGAUCCCUCGGAGAAACUGAUUCUGGAAUGUUGUGGAGCGAAAGGCCUGAGAUGGACUGAAGAGAAGGGAGACUGGAAAACAGAGGGAGGGGCGAAGGGAGACAAUGUGCAAAGGGAAAGGCAAACAUGCUGCAUAGGACACAACAAAUGGAGAAUGAAUGGAGGUAGAGAAUCACUUCGUAAGUUGAUGACAGUUAAUGACAGCAAGGGGGAAAAUAGAAAUGAUAUGCACAGAAGUUGGAAGGACAAGACAGAUGUCUCUGGGAUGUUGUCAGUUGCAGAAAAAGAGGGUGAAAUUGCACAAAGGGAGAGGGAAAAUAAUCUCUGGCCUAUCUUUCUGUGGCUGUUGUCCCUGAAGAACAUCAGUGAACAAAAGAUGAAAAGGCAGAACAUCAUGAGGAUGAGGUGGCGUCAAAUUCUUUUCUGGUUACCUCUCCUCUUCCUCAGCCUCUGUCCCAAACCUGCUUCAUCACAGGGACACUUCCCACGAAUGGAGAACAUUGCUGCCUUUAAACCUGUGUCAACCUCGCCACCUCGUUACACCUGUGGCUUUCCAGAGCGGAGCAGCUACUGUCAGUCACCUUCUUCUCAGGCUGAACUGCUCACGUGUUAUCAGGCCUUCUGUGUCCAAGAGUGUCCCUAUAGAUCCUCCACACCUCCGUAUGCUCCGCUGCUGCUGGCUGCACACAGGGGUACCUGUGUAACUGAAGACACUAAUGACACUCGUCCUGGUACUCAGAGAGAAGCUGGAACCUCUAACAGUUUCGAUGGGAUUUCUAGUGAAUCCGGCAGUUUGUUGUUUCAGCCAGGCCAGGAUGGGUGCCUGGUCACUCCCCCUUCACAGAAACUUGGAGCAAUGGGUUCCCUCACCUUGGCAUUGUGGAUAAAACCAAGCUCUGCUAGAGAAAUGAAGCUCCUGGAGAAAAGUUCAGAGCAGCGGCUGUUUUUUUCUCUGACCAUGUCUGGGGAGGCUAUCAUUCUGCGGUAUGGUCAGUCCAACAAUCAGACUUCUAUGAACAGCUUUAGAACAGAGGGCAGACUAGGACUGGAGAGGUGGACACAUCUUGUUGUGCAGAUCCAUGACAGACAUGCAAGUCUUUUCCUGGAUGGCCUCGAAGAGGAUGGAACACCAUUUGACACACAACAACUGACCACCAGGCUUUCUGAUGUCAAUGAGGAUGGUGACAUGUGGGUGGGACUCAGCUCUAAGGGGUCUAAUCAGUUCAUUGGACGAAUGCAGGACUUUAGAUUUUAUCCUACCACUUUGACUAACAGGGAAAUAGUAGAGCUGUAUUCAGGAGUCCUCCCUGAGCUCCAUGUCCAGUCUGAGUGUCGAUGUCCUUCCACUCACCCAAGGGUGCACCCUCUAAUUGAGAGAUAUUGUAUCCCCAAUGCGGUUGAGGACACCACCAAUGACAGAGUCUUAAGACUGAACCUUAAUGCCCAUCCACUAAGUUAUAUCAACGAUCAGGACAUGGGCACCACAUGGGUAUCUAAGAUCAUGACUGCACAGGAACUGGAUGAAGGAGUCACUAUUACAGUGGAUUUGGCUAAUGGACAGUACCAGGUAUUUUAUGUUAUUGUUCAGUUUAGUGGCUUCAUGCCUGAGUCAGUUGUGAUCCAGAGAAGAAAGGCUGACCUCACAGACACUGAGAAUAACACCAACACAGAGCAGCCAUGGCUGGACUGGCAGUAUAUGGCCAGAAACUGCAGUGUGUUUGAAAUGGAGAACAACGGGCCUUUACUAAGACCAGACUCAGUCAACUGCUUGCAGCUGUCCAGUGACAUGCCCUUCUCAGGAGGUAACAUCACAUUCAGCCUGCUGACCCCUCAGCCACCCCUGAGGCCAGGUUACAAUGACUUCUACAACACACCUAUCCUACAGGAGAUGGUACAAGCUGCCCAGGUCAGAAUACAUAUGAGUGGACAAUACCACACCAGAGCAGUUGGAGUGAACCAGCGACAUAGAUCCAUUGGCAUCAGUGAAAUCACCAUCAGUGGCAGGUGUGAGUGUCACGGCCAUGCGGACCAUUGUGAUACCAGUGUGACACCAUACAGAUGCCUGUGUUUGCCAGAGAGCCACACAAAGGGGAACAAUUGCGAAAGCUGUGCACCACUCUACAAUGACAAGCCAUUCAGGUCAGGUGAUCAGCUCCAGCCUAUGAACUGCCGACCUUGUCAGUGUCACGGCCACGCCCUCUCCUGUCAUUAUGAUGUCUUAGCUGAUGACCAUCCAGAUGAGCAUUAUCGAGGAGGAGGAGGUGUCUGCGACAACUGCAUGCACAACACCACAGGUAAGAACUGUGAGCAGUGUAUAAGUGGGUUUUUCAGGCUCGAGGACCGUGAUCCCACUUCAGUUGAUGUGUGCCAGCCUUGUGACUGUUACACUCCUGGAACGGUCAACGGCAGAAUGGACUGUGUGCAGAUAGGAGGUCAGUGUCACUGUAAAGCUGCAGUAACAGGCCGUCAGUGUGCAGACUGUUUGCCUGGUUGGUUUGGUCUCACAGCCUCAAAUCCAAAUGGUUGCAGUUCCUGUAACUGCAAUGACAUGGGCGUCAUGAGAACCUCUACAGGGGCAGUUUCCAGCUGCAACCGUUACACAGGACAGUGCCUUUGUAAACCCCAUGUCACAGGCCUUUCAUGUGACCACUGUGAGUUUGGUUAUUGGAACCUUUCCCACCCAGACGGCUGCGUGCCAUGUGACUGUGACCCUCUGGGUUCCCUCAGUCCAUUCUGUGAACCUGAGGGGGGCCAGUGUGAGUGCAAACCUGGAGUCGGUGGCCUGCGAUGUCACUCAUGCGGUAGAGGCCUGUUUGGUUUAAGGCUGGAAGGAUCCUGUGCCCCCUGCGACUGCUCACAGGAGGGGACAGUACCCGGGACAGACUGUGAUCCUUACACAGGGCAGUGUGUGUGUAAGGAACAUGUAGAAGGCCGUCGCUGUGAUUCUUGCCGUCAUGGUUUUCACACCCUGGAGCAGCGAAACUCUCUGGGCUGUCUGCCGUGUGUGUGUGACAUCAGUGGAACGGUUUCAGGGGGUGUGUGUGAUAUGCAGACCGGACAGUGCCCAUGCAAGGAGGGAGUAGAGGGAGUGCAGUGCACCAACUGUGCUCACAACUACUAUAACCAGACUUUAGACGCUGAGAAGGGUUUGUCCCACGGCUGUGUACCCUGUAUGUGUCACCCUAAAGGAACAGUCAGCGGGUCAGUCUGCGACAGUGCCACAGGUCAAUGUGUUUGUAUCCCAACACGCUAUGGAAAGGACUGCAGUAGCUGCCGACCUGGCUACUACUUUUCUCCGGAUCAGGAUAUAUGUUUGGAAUGUGACUGCCACCCCAUUGGAGCGUUGCAUCGCAGUUGUGAAAGCCAGACUGGACAGUGUGUGUGUGCCCAUCCCUCAGUGGGAGGCCGACGUUGUGACCAGUGUCAUGAGAUGUUUUUUGGAUUCAACCCUGGUCUGGGCACAUGCCAUCCUUGUGCAUGUGAUCCAGUGGGGAGCAUCAAUGGUUCGUGCCAUCCGGACACAGGGAUCUGUGCAUGUAAGCUGUUGGUAACUGGAGAUAAAUGUGAUUUAUGUCAACUUGGGGCAAGUCAUUUCGAUCCUGGGAACCACUUUGGCUGCACUAAAGCACCCUCCCAGCAGCCUGCACCAGUAGGUGUUGCACUCAGUUACUCAUCUAUUCGUCUUUCUUGGCAUCCGCCGGACUCCCCAAACUCUCACAUACUCAACUACACACUCAUUAGGGAUGGACAGUCAGUGCAUACUGUCCAAAGUCGCUAUCCUUUUAGCCCUGAAUCUUUUGAAGACAUUAGUCUGUCUCCCUUCACCAACUACUCUUACUGGCUUAUAACAGCUAACGUAGCUGGUGCGACAACAAGUGCAUCAGCUUCAUAUCAAACUUUAGGUGCACCACCUGAAGCAGACCAGCUCCAUUUAAAUCUUGUGGGAAGACCAGGUCCAACUAGUGCUAGCUUUAACUGGAGCACACCACGAAAUAAUACAGGCCCAGUGGAGAGGUUUGUGUUAUCCUCCAUGGAGUCAUCUAGUGAAGCAGAGCCUGCCAUUCACUACACAGGCUUAUCUACAGAAGCUGCAGCAAGUGGUUUAAAGCCCUUCACCCAAUAUACUGUAAUACUAGAGGCGUGUUCUUCUGGGGGGUGCACUUCUAGCCCACCGCUGUCUCUUCUGACAGCCUCUGCCCCCCCACAAAACCAGCCCCCUCCUAGAAUCACUGCCAUAGGACCUCAUACUCUGCAUGCUUCUUGGGAGCCCCCCAGUGAGCCUAAUGGUGUUAUCACAAAGUAUGAGGUCUUUCUUCAUGGGCCAGUGGAGUCACAGAACCUUUCGAGUCUUGCUAUUGAAAAGAGAGUGUUUUUCAGCUCUGGUUGGCUGGAUCCAAGUGUCUCCUUAAGUUCCAACCCAGCCAAUAAAAGCAUAAUGUCACCCCCUGAGACCAGUACUAAUGUAACUGGUCUAGAGGCUUUUUCAACAUACCAGAUGAGAGUUGUAAGCACCAAUAUUGCAGGAAGUUGUACAUCUGGGUGGACCUCAGCACGCACCAUGGAGGGAGUGCCAGAGUUUAUGGCUCCUCCAGAAGUGUACGCACUGUCAUCCACCAGUCUUAAAGUAACCUGGAGCACUGCUGAAGACCACGGGGUCAUCGCCAGAGGACUGGUGACAGAAUAUCGGGUCAACCUGCUCACCGAACAGACCAACAAUCCAUAUGCCCCUCCGGUUAUUAGUCAGGUGUUGCAUAGAGUGGGCCCAUCAUCACAGCCAGUUUACGUAGUGAAAGGAUUGAAACCUUAUCACGUGUACAACUUCACUGUCACACUCUGCACAAAAGCAGGUUGCAUUACCAGUUUGCCAAGCACUGGAUGGACCUUACCAGCAGCACCUUCAGGACUGUCUUCACCUCGAUUAUAUCCAGAAAAUGAAACUACCAUUCAGAUAGAGUGGGACCCCCCAGCCCAACUUAAUGGGCCAUACCCUCUAUAUCAGGUGGAAAGGUCAGAUGUCUCUCUCUCUGACCCACAAGAUCCAGUUGUCAGAGGAACAAGAUUUUCUGGAAACAGUUACUAUCAGUUCCCCAGUGACAUCCUUCCCAGUAACACCGAUUUUACAGGUGUUGAGCUGAGUUUUAAGACUCGGGCCCCUGAUGGCCUGCUACUCUGCAGCUUCUCUCCAGGAAAUCAGGAAGAGUUUUUAGCUGUUCAGAUAAAAAACGGACGCCCCUACUUUUUGUUUGACCCACAGGGUUCAGCGGUGGCUGUGAGCGUACAGGGUGAUGGAGGGCGCCGCUACAAUGAUGGACAAUGGCAUAGUAUUAGAGCAACGAGGCAAGGGGCCGUGGGAACAAUCGUUGUAAACGAUCAAUACAGAGGAAGUGCAACAGCUUUAAGUGGUAGCACAAUGAUUGGUGAGAACAUGGGGGUAUUCAUUGGAGGGCUGCCAGAAAAUUUUAUUCUACUAAGACAGGAUUCAGGAGAUGCCAAACUUGUGCGAAAGCGCUUCUCUGGUUGCCUCAGAGAUGUGAGUUUUAAGAUUUCCGACAGCCCCUCAGAGGAAUGGCAAAUUCUUGACUGGGCAAAAGCCACAAAGAAAGUUGCAGUGUAUGAAAGCUGGGAGGGAUGUCCUCUUCAAACUGUGGAUGGAGCCCAUUUUCUGGGUCAUGGUUACUUGGAAUUAGACUCAGGUGUAUUUACCGGAGGACAGAUCUUUGACAUUUCUAUGGACUUUAGGACCGAUCAGCUGAAUGCGCUGUUGCUCUUCACAUACAACACACAAACUGAAGACUUUAUGCUGGUGGAGCUGGAAGCUGGUCUCUUGUCCUUCAUUCUCUCCUCUGAAGGUCAUGUGAUUGAACUCAGCAUGUGGGUGGGGCUUAGCUACUGCGAUGGAGACUGGAAACAACUGUCAUUGGCAAAGCGUGGCUCGCUUAUCUCAGCUGCCGUCAAUGACUGGGCGGAGGAAGCAAGGGGAAUGGGAGGAGCAGUGACGCUGAGAGUUGAUUCACCAUUAUAUUUGGGGGGCGUGCCACCAGAGCUCAUACAUUCUGCUCUAAACAGGCGAAGUCACAAACAUGGUCUAGGAGGGUGUUUAAAGGAUCUUACUAUAAGAAGUGGUAACAGAAACUCUUCUAUCAGCCAGAGUGUUAAUCUCUCUGUUGCCUCACGCCGUUCUGUCAGAGUCUACUUAGAUGGUUGUCCUACCAGCGAAAGCCGGUACAACUGCAGAGGAAACGAUUCAGUCCUGGUGUACAGUGGAAAAAAGACUCAAGCCACAGAUUAUAAUCUACAGCCUUUCACUGAGUACUUGUACAGGUUUGUGGCCUUGACUGCAGGAGGCUGGGCAGCCGGACCUUGGGAAAGAGGACGCAGCCGAGGCAAAGUACCUACAUCUGUACCACCUCCAAUAAAGGUUCAGAGUUUAACCGCCUACAGUGCCAAGGUGAGCUGGGUGCCACCCACUGGUGACAUAAGGGGACUGAUUGACAGAUAUGAGCUAAAGGCCUACUACAGAGACUACCGAGAACUACCACCUGUCAGAGCCACAUUCCUGGCUAAUGGAAACUUCACAGGUGUGCUGUCGGGUCUCACGCCAUCUACACGGUACAUUGUCACCGUGAGUGCCUGUACUCCUGUUGGUUGCACUGAGAGCCUUCAUAACGACAAUGGUGAUAAUGAUUUGAGAUGGAGUCUCACAACCCCAGAGGAAGCUCCUGAUGCGGUGUCUCCUCCAGCUGCAGUCUCAUCCCCCACAGCACUUUAUGUUAACUGGGAACCUCCAGCAAGGCCCAAUGGAGGCAUUACAGAGUACCUCCUCUAUCACAACAACCAAAUGGUCUACAGAGGGAAAAACAGACAACACAACAUCACUGGUCUUGGUGUAUACACCGCUCAUGUCCUGAUAUUGAGUGCAUGCACUUCAGUGGGUUGCACCAACAGUUCACAAGUUACAAUGCUGACUUCACAGCUUCCUCCUGGACCUCUGCAGGCACCAACUCUUACCCCGCUAGACUCUCGAACUAUUUUUGUAGAGUGGUCACAUCCCUCUAAGAUAAAUGGUGUUUUGGAGUUUUAUUUGAUCUUCCUGUCUCAUGACAGUGGAGAGCCUGUGCUAGCCUAUAACAGCUCUGAAGUUUUUGAAGACUACACGCUCCGCAGCCUAACCCCUGGAACUCUUUACACCAUCACAGUAGCUGCUUGUACAGGUGGUGGAUGUACUUUAAGUCCACCAAGCCAGGCUCAGACUGAAGAGAGCACCCCCGAAAAUGUCCCUGCACCACUGGUCACUCCUUUGUCCCCCAAUGCGCUCAGUGUCAGCUGGACUCCUCCUGACACUCCGAAUGGUAUUAUAACUAGCUACGGUCUCUGGCUGGAUGGAGUUCUCAUUUUAAACACCACUUCCUCCCAGAGGUUCUUCUUGGUGGAGGGACUCUCUCCUUGGAGCCGGCAUGUACUCAGGCUGCAGGCCUGCACAGCACAGGGCUGUGGCAAGGGACCAAUGGUGGAUGUGCAUACAUUAGAGAUGGCCCCAGAAGGCCCUAUACUGUUGGAGCUGGCCAAUCAGAGUUCAAGAUCUCUCAGAGCACAUUGGACAGCCCCUCCUAGAGCCAAUGGGAACCUUAGCUACACAAUAUACUACAAAAGCAAAGAUGGUGAUGGUGCAUUGGAUGGAGGUACAGCAGCAGGCGUCUGGUUGUCUGUGACUGACCUGCAGCCUUACACUAGCUACAGCUUCUGGAUCAGAGGUUGUAAUACACAGGGUUGUAUUGAGAGCCUGCCACUCAGUGUUACCACACUGCCAGCAGCCCCUGAUGGAUUGUCACCUCCAACUCUAGCCCAUGCAACUAAUGCCAGUCUGAACGUGUCCUGGUCUGCCCCUGUCAACUCUAAUGCACCAGGCCCACUCUACUACAGUCUGCAAAUGAGGACAUCCCCACAGAGGCCUAUCAUAAGGCUUUUGGAAAAUGCAACAGACACCUUUUCCUAUUACGUAGAGGGCUUAUCACCAUACACGCCUUACGUGUUUAGAGUGGUGGUCUCGCAUACACACGGGAAGACGGCAAGCCUCUGGACAACCCUUCGCACUGCAGAGGACAGUCCAGGACCAGUAGACACCCCAACUGUAUCAGGGCUUCAACCUCGUAGUGUAUCAAUUACCUGGGUUCCUCCCACACAACCAAAUGGAAUUAUCACAAAUUAUACCCUUUAUCUUUACCCCAGCUCUGUCACUUCUUUACACUAUAAACCCAGUUCAUUCUCCAGCAUCAGGUGGACUCCUAACCCAAGUCUGGUUCCCAGUACAAAGGGUGCAUAUCUAAACUCAGAUCAUAACCCCAGACCAUCAUCCAGUCUAACCACCCACCAAGACUCGAGCCACGUCUCCAUCUUGAAACCUGGCAUUGCAGAUAACCAGAAUGAAUCCACUCAUGUUGUUGAUAUGAGCGAAGGCACCAGUACCUUCUUAUUCCACCCCACUGAACCUGAUAUCACCGGUGUAUCUGCCAGCCUCUCGGUGUCAACACCACAGUAUAGUGCAGUAAACUCUAAUACUGAACAUUUUAUAGAAGAUGGUCCAUUCCAUAGUGCCCCUUCUAGUUCUUUCAGAUCAACACCUCUUUCAGUCACUGUUCUAGGGAAUACCACCAACUACACCUUCCUCAGUCUACUUCCCUACCAGGCCUACAGCUUCCAGGUGGAAGCGUGCACUAAUGCAGGUUGUUCAGUGUCUGAGAGGUCUCAGCAUAUUCGCACCCUCCCAGCUCCGCCUGAAGGGGUUCCUGCUCCUCAUCUUUACUCAGAUACACCCACCUCUGUCCUCUUGUCGUGGGGUACAGCAGAGCGGAGUAAUGGACCAUUAGAACGAUGGGUGAUUGAGCGCAGAGUUGCUGGGACCAAACAAGUCUCCACAGUGGGUCAUCUUCUCCCCGAUCCUUCCCCUCUUUCCUUCCUGGACUCUUCAUCAGCUCUCAGUCCCUGGACUACUUACCAGUAUCGACUUGUGCUCCAUAAUCAAGCGGGCAACACCACAGGGCCCUGGGUCAAUAUUACCACCAGACCUUCUCGACCCGCUGGCCUCAGUCCACCAAGGGUUAAGGUCUUGGGGCCAGCAACACUUCAAGUCACAUGGUCACCCCCUCUUAUUCCUAAUGGAGAAAUUCACAGCUAUGAGAUCCGCCUCCCAGAACCCUGUAUCACAUUCAACACUAGCAAUACUUCUGAGCUUAACACCACUGUAACGGACCUUGUUCCAUAUACAAAUUACAGUAUCACUGUGUUAGCAUGCUCAAAGGGUGGAGGACAUAUUGGGGGAUGCACAGAAAGCCUGCCAACUCAAGCUACCACAUUACCCACAAGACCUGAAGGGCUUUCACCGCUGUCAGUAGUAGCAGUCAGUGAAUCUUUCCUAGCCAUUUCAUGGGAACCACCGAGCAGGCCCAAUGGACCUAAUAUAAGAUACAAGUUGCUCAGACGUAAAACCCACCAGCCCCUGGCCAUCACCACAGUUCCCACAUUAACAGCCCAGUCUCCACCCCCCUCCGAAGAUCUCCAUCGCUGGCUCCAUGUUUACUCCGGCACCAAAUUGUUCUACCAAGAUAAAGGCCUAAGCAGAUUCACCCGUUACCAGUACCAGUUAGAGGUUCAUAAUGAUGUGGGCAACACGUCUGGAGAGAUCGUUACAGCAGUGACCAUGGCUGGGGUUCCCCUCCACCCUCCAUCUCUGUCUGCCUCUACUAUCAAUCACACUGCUAUACAGGUCAACUGGACACAACCAUCUUUACAAGACCUACAGGGUGAAGUGGAAUAUUUCUUUCUCACAGUGGAGUCUCCAGAGCCAAGUCUGAUCUUAACUUUCACCCCUGAGAUCACCUCUACAGUGAUAAGUGACCUCUGGCCCAGUACCACAUAUCUGGUGUCAUUACAAGUGUCCAACGGAGCUCAUAAUACAUCUAAGGCAGUGGUUAAUGUCACCACAGCAGAUGGAAAGCCAGAGGGGAUGUCUGCCCCAGAGGUGGUUCCAGUAAACAGCAGCACAGCACGUGUCCUCUGGAUCCCUCCUCUUCGACCCAAUGGUGCAGUCACUGGUUACAACAUCUAUGUUAAUGAUCGCCUUCAUGGCAAUGUAGACAACAGCUCAGGGUCAUACCUGCUGAGGGACCUACUGCCUUUUACUGUCUACAAUAUACAGGUGGAGGUGUGCACAGUGUAUGCAUGCGUCCGGAGCAACGUUACCAGAACUACUACUGUGGAGGACCUGCCUGCUGACUUUGCAACACCACAUGCCCAAGUGAUAAGUCCCAGGGUGGUGAGAUUAGAUUGGUCCCAUCCAGGCAGACCCAGUGGGAUCAUGCUGGGCUUUGAGGUUUUAAGACGUACCCUCAGAUCAUGUGCUGGUGGGUCAACAGGGAUCACAUCCGCCGUGGGGGAGGAGUUAAAUGGCACAGGUGGUUUAAGGUUUAGAUGUUCCUACCUGCAGUGUCCGGCAAGUCAUGGUGUGUGCAGCACAUCCUGCUUCCAUCCAGACCUACAGGUUUGCUGCGGUGGAGUAAUUUACACAAAGAAGCCACAUCAUCACUGCUGUGAGGACAGCUAUUUGAGUUUGAAUAACUCCUCCAACCCAGUCUGCUGCAAUGGCAAACUAGUCCCAUCUCUUCCUGACCAUCAGUGCUGUGGAGGAUAUUAUGUCCAUGUGAAAACCAGUGAUGAAUACUGCUGUCCUGACCACUCGCAGGGCCGGGUCUCUGUGGGGCUGGGUGACAGCUGCUGCGGGGGGGUUCCUUACUCAGUGACAGGCGGCCAGCUCUGCUGUAGUGGGACCCUUCAUGAUGGCUAUGGGGUCCAGUGCUGUGGAGGCCAAAUCGUGGAUAAAACACUGGUGUGCUGCGGUGAUGCUGAGAGGGGUGCAGUGCAUAAAUAUGCUCCAGGUUUCAUCUGCUGUGGUCACGAAUAUGUAAACUCUUCAACAACUCUUUGCUGUGUGGGCAAUGAAGGAUAUCCCACAAUGCACCCUGCUGGCAAUGCCACGGUGACACUCCGCUGCUGUGGUUCAAAGGUCAUACAUCAGGAUCAGGAAUGCUGCAGUGGGAUUGGCUUUGACCCCCAACGACAUGUGUGUGCGGACAGACCCACGCCUGGUCUGGUAAUAGAGCACCAGUGUUUGCAGGGCGCUGUGUGUCCUGUGGCUGCAGCAUCUACAGCUUACUGCGGCUCCUGUGGCCUUGAUCCAUCUAUGACUGCGUGCACAUGGGUCCUGUCUGCGCACACACACCCUGAGACACAAUCCACAACAUACUCACCGUUCAUCAGCAUCACACAGGAAACUCGCACUGCGGACCUGUCUGCACAUACAAACAGAAGUAAUGACAGUUACAAACUGUUUGACUCACGCAGUCACGCACACACUGACAACAAGCAGCUGAAGGGAAGCAUGUGCCCAUCGCAUGAGGAGGUAGUGUACAGUGGAGAUGCCACCGUAUAUACAUUUACAGACUCUGACCUGGAGCCUUUUACCACCUAUGAGUACAGAGUGAGAGGCUGGAACAGCUUUGGUCGAGGCUCCAGCAAUGUUACAACAGUGACGACUACUGAGGACAAACCAUGGGGAGUGGCACCACCCCGCUGGAGCCACCUAGGUGAAAGAGAUGAUAUCAUCCAGUUGCAAUGGCAAGCACCUGCCCGGAGUAAUGGGGAGAUUACCCACUAUGUUAUACUGCGUGAUGGACAAGAGCGUUACCGUGGGGAUGAAAACAGCUUUACUGACGUUGGUGGGAUCAGGCCUUUCCAGGAAUACAGUUACCAGCUGAGGGUCUGUAACCGGGCUGGUUGCAUUGAUAGUACACAGGUGGUGGCAGUAACAGUCCAGGGUGUCCCAGAGGACGUGCAACCUCCCGUGGUAACAGCCGUAAGCCCCUCCUCCCUCCACGUGAACUGGUCUGAACCUACUCUUCAAAAUGGAAAAAUACAGCGGUACCACCUGACCCAGACUGGUGUUGGAACUAUAUUCACGCACAUCGAUGGACCCAGAAAUUUCACAGUGACUGGUUUGCAGCCAUACACAGAGUAUAGUUUUGUGCUUGUGGCCUGUACGUCUGUGGGAUGUGGAGCCAGCUUACCAUCCACAGGACGCACCUUGCAAGCCAAGCCUGCUGGUGUGUGGUCGAAGCCCAGACACCUAGUAAUAAACACAUCUGCAGUGGAGCUGUACUGGGAUGAGCCAUCCCAACCUAAUGGACACAUCUCCCAGUACAGGCUGAACAGAGACAGUCAAACUAUUUUUACCGGAGACCACCGUGACCGGAAUUUUACGGACACUGGACUCUUGCCAAACCGCAGGUACUUGUAUGAGCUGGAGGCUAGUACGGGGGGUGGGACUGGUGUGAGUGACAAAUAUGUUAUACAAACACCAGUCUCGUGCCCCUCUGGGAUCCCACCUCCACACAAUGUGACAGUGUCAGGCCCCUACUCCAUAUCUCUUGCCUGGUCCCCUCCUGGUCAACUAAAUAACAGCCAGCCCAUGAACUACAACAUCCUGUUAAAUCCAGGGAGUGAAGGUGCAAUAAUACAGCAUGCUGGACAAGACCUGCACCUCACUGUGACAGAUCUAAAGCCUUUCACCAUUUACUACAUAAGAGUGCAAGCCUGUCAGAUAGAGGGCUGUGGAGUAGGAGAUGGUGUCUUUGUGCGGACUUUAGAGGCCACCCCAGAAAAUCUGCUCCCCCCCACAGUAAAGGCAAGUGAAGCCAAUGUUCUGGAGAUUCACUGGUCAGCUCCCAAGAAACCAAAUGGACUCAUCACCUCCUACCAUAUAUACAGGCGUCCAUUAGGAACACAGGAGGAGCUGCUGGUUUUCAUCUGGUCUAGUGGGCCUCUUGAAUUUUUUGACGCGAGUCCUGCUCUUCAGCCCUUCAGCUACUAUCAGUACAGAGUUCGUGCCCACAACUCUAGAGGCUCAGUUCUGAGUCACUGGGCUUUGGGCCAGACAUUAGAGGCAAAACCACAAGAUAUGGCCGUUCCCAUUGUCACUCCUUCGGGUGCGUAUUCAGUCCACCUAAAAUGGAGUGAACCAGGACAGCCCAAUGGUCUCAUUUCCCAUUAUAGGCUGAUUUACAGGAAGCACCAAAAGGACCCAACGCUCAACUCAACUAUUGUUACUGCUCUCACUGUAGAGGAUUCACAGCUAGAGGCAAUAGUCUAUGGUCUUGAACCGUACACUCAGUACAGUCUACGAGUAGAAGCUUUGAAUCGGGCAGGCAGUGUGUCCAGUCCGUGGGUGGACAUUAGGACCCUGGAGGCUUCUCCAGCUGGCCUGCCUAACUUCACAGUGGAGCAGAGAGAGCAGGGCAGGGCGUUACUGCUCAGCUGGGAUCCACCACAGUCUCCAAAUGGAGUCAUCACGAUGUAUAACUUGUACAGCGAGGGGAACCUAGAGUUCAGUGGUUUGUCACGUAGUUUCCUUUUUCGGCGUUUGGAGCCAUGGACCGUUUAUACGCUGACUCUUGAAGCUUGUACCUCAGCAGGCUGCACACGCAGCCCUCCUCAGCGCAUUGCCACAGCAGCAGCACCACCUGCUUCCCAGUCUCCCCCUAGGCCUCUCUUUGUUGGCUCAGACCAGGUGUCACUUACCUGGGGCCCUCCUUCUCAACCCAACGGGCCAAUUAAAGAAUAUUUCUUACUUGGGAGGCGUUUGGAACAUGAAGCGAGUGGGAGAAGUAAAGAAGAGGAUAUUGAAAGGGGGAAAAUCCUCUUCAGAGAAGCAUCCCCACAACAGGCUGAAACCUACUCCUAUACAGUAUCUGGUUUGCGCCCAUGGACACAGUAUGAGUUCAGUGUCUGUACUUAUAACCCAGCUGGGCACACUUGCAGCCCUUGGGUAACUGUAAUGACCAGACAAGCCCCCCCUCGUGGCUUAGCGCCCCCAACAGUGAGUCAUCUCCAGGGCCGGCCCAGUGAGGUAGUGGUGUCCUGGACUCCUCCUUUGGAGCCUAAUGGAGUACUUCAGUCUUAUAGGAUUAAGAGAAACAACGUCAGUUUCUCUUUCAGUUUUGACCCCACUGUUCUCAGCUACACAGACGAAGACCUCCUGCCUUUUUCAGCAUACAGCUACUCAGUCAUAGCCUGCACGUCUGAGGGAUGUAUCACCAGUCCUCAUACAAACAUCACAACUCUAGAGGCUCCUCCUGCCAUAGUGGAAGCUCCCAGAGUGGACAAAAUCACAUCCAAUAGUAUGCAUGUUUCCUGGAGUAAACCACUGACACAGAAUGGAGAGGUGACUCAAUAUGUGCUGAAACUUAACAAUGAACAGGCUUAUCGUGGAAGAGACCUAAAUACAGUCUUGUCAGGCCUGCAGCCACAUACAUCAUAUACACUGGUUCUGCUGGCUUGUACUAGUGGUGGAUGUACUGCCAGCCUCACAAUGUCCACUGCGACAGAGGAAGCUCCUCCCACAGGCCUGUCUGCCCCGUCACUUAAGGUUACUGGCCCAGAGUCAGUGGAGAUUAGCUGGAGACCACCAGAGCACCCUAAUGGCAUCAUCACCGGGUACGAACUCCGUCGAGAUGGAGAAGUUAUCUAUGUUGGCACGGAGACGCAUUACCACGACUUCAUACUUUUGCCAAGCGUGGAAUACAAUUAUGUUGUCAGGGCCAACAACAGCAGAGGCGCUGUGAGCAGCACAGUAGCCACUGCAAAGACGCAUCCAUCAGCUCCGUCUGGUGUGGGUCUCCCAACAUUAACACCUGUAGGACCAAACCAGGUGAGAGUAGAGUGGCAACCUCCAGCCCGUCCUAAUGGAGACCUAGUGAGUUACACUGUUUAUCAAAGAGAUCCAGUCCAGCUCAGCAUCAUCAGCAGUGACUUCACUCCACAAGAUGGUGCCUUCUCAGAAAGACACACUAUUCUUCAUGGGCUGGCUCCUUACCACAGGUAUGAAGUGAGGGUGGAAGCUUGCACAGCACUAGGUUGUUCCUCCAGUGACUGGUCAUCUAUACUCACGCUGGAGGCUCCCCCUACUGGACAGACAGCACCACUGUUAGACCUCCAACCUGACAAAGACACUAAACUACAGACCAGCUUUCUACUCACCUGGUCCCCUCCAGCUCAGCCAAAUGGUAGGAUCCUGUAUUAUGAGGUGCACCGCAGACUGGAUAGCCCCACGGCCACCCACAACAGUGAUGCAGCAACAGCUGUCUACAGGAAUUCCUCUACUACGUGGAAAGAUAAUGGACUCCACCCAUACACUGUAUACCAGUACCAGGUGUGGGCAGUUAAUUCAGCUGGUCAUUCAGCCAGUCCAUGGGUGAGUGGAAGAACAGGGCCUGCCCCACCUCAGGGUGUAGGACCCCCUAUUUUUCUGCACGUUUCAGCAACGUCAGCUGUAGUGGACAUCCAUGCUCCUGCCCAACCCAAUGGGAUUAUUAGUCUUUACAGAGUGUUCUCACUGGACCACAACAACCACAGUCUGCUCUCAGAGGGUACAUCGCAUCCGCAGACACUCCACGAUUUACGUCCCUAUACCCAGUACUGGGUAGGAGUGGAGGCCUGUACUUGUUAUCAGUGCUGUAGCCGUGGUCCGCUGAGUGAGCUCCACACUCUUGCUGCUCCCCCAGCCCACCAGCCUCCUCCUCGCCUUGUCACCGUGACCUCCCGCUCUGUUCAGAUGGAAUGGGAUGAGCCUUUGUCACCCAAUGGACUCAUCGAAAGCUGUGAGCUUCACCUCAGAUCGCCUUGCCCUCAGCCCUCCCAGCCUAUACCCCUGCCUUGUAUUGAAGGACCAACAGAAAUCUGUUUUUUUGGUAAAAAGCGGAGCUACAAUGUUACAGGUCUCGAACCGUACUCCACAUAUGAGCUCAGAGCUGCCUGCUUUAAUAACAUGGGCAACACUGCCUCCAACUGGACUACUGUCCACACUCUCAGUGAAGCCCCCCAGUAUGUAUCCCCCUUCUCAGUAGACAGUAACCUGACUGUUAUUUGGCUGGACUGGACUGGCUCUUUCUCCCUGAACGGAUACCUGAAGGAGUACAGCGUGACUGAGAGCCAGCUGAGGAUCUAUACCGGCUUCUACAGCUAUCUCCAUGUUCCACGCACCUCACAGAAAACUCUGUCAUUUCAGGUGACUUGUACCACAAAGAGUGGCAGUGCCAGCACUCCCACCAUCAGAUAUAGCCCAGCCACAGGCCUUGCUCCUCUUGACCCUGUAGACAGUGGUAAACAGGGUGUCAGCAUGUCAGCCACACCAGUGUACUCUGAACUGUGGUUCAUCCUGCUGUUAGCCCUUCUGGGUCUAUUUUUGCUAGCCAUACUGCUGGGCUUAGUGCUACAAAGAGCCUUGAGGAAGAAUCCAUCAGCCAGAGAGCGCCCUCCGCUGGUUAUGCUUCAGAAGACAAGAAAAGCUGGGGGAGAGACUUACAUGGUGAGAAACGGACAGGAGAUGCAGCACAAAAACAUAAAACGCGCCUGUCCUGAGCUGUGCUCUAAGCAUCACUCCGGCUCUGUGCUCCUCCCUGAUCUUCCCACAGGUCUGACAGACACAAAGAUAGUGAGCAGCAACUCACAGUUCAGCCCCAUCUCUGUGCUGCGGGUUCCCAGCCAAGCAGACCUCAGCCAGGCCUACUCCCAGCAUUCCUUGCACCGCAGUGUAAGUCAGCUAAUUGACAGGAAGUCAAUGAUGAUGGAGGAAGGAAGCUGGGACAACCCACUGGCACACGAUUCUGGACUGUAUGUGGAGGAAGAUGAGCUUGUGGAUGCCAUCAAGGCCUUAAGUUCUGUGAAAAAGGAGCACACCAUGUUCACUGACACUCAUCUUUAAGACCUGUCAGGUUUCACAGUUGCCAUUCGGACCUAGUUGUAAAACAAACUAGUAAAACACUGUUACAUGCUAUUUGCACAGGCGGUGCUAAAUACGAUCUACUCAAUUAAAAACAUAAGUUAAACAACACACGUGUUAUGAGGUAUUAAUUAAAGCAGCAUCAUAAACUUUCCGUCACUUCAUUAGGUAUACCUCUUCAACUUCUCAUUUACUCACUAAAUAUUUAAUCAGGCAAUCAUAUGGCAACAGCUCAAUGCGUUUAAACACCUAGACACAGACAAGAUGAGCUGCUGAACUUCAAACUAAGCAUCAGAAUGUGGAAGAAAGGGGAUUUAGGUGAGUAUGAAUGUGGCAUGGUUGUUGGUGCCAGACCGGCUGGUCUGAGUGUUGAAGAAACUGCUGAUUUACUUGGAUUGUUUCACACAAUCAUCUUUAGGGUUUCCAGAGAAUGGUCUAAAAAAAAAAGUGAAAAACUGUGAAAAAUUUAUAUUUUCUGUUUUUCAGACCAGUGUCAGUUGUCUGGGCAAAAAUCCCUUGUUGAUCGUAGAGGUCAGAGGAGAAUGGGCAGACUGUUUUGAGCUGAUAGGAAGAUGAGAGAUACUCAAAUAACUUCUCAUUACAGUCAGUGUAUGUAGAAGAACAUCUCUGAACAUCUCUGGUGCCUCUCCUGUCAGCUAAGAAUAGGAAACUGAGGCUACUCAUCACAGUUGGUUAAUUGAAGAUUGGCAAGUGUUGCCUGAUCUGAUGAGUCUGGAUUUCUGUUGCAAUGGUAGGGUGAGACUUAAGUGUAAAUAACAUUGAAGCAUAGAUCCAUCCUGCAUUGUAACAGUGGUUCAGACUGCAGGUGGUGCUGGUGUAAUGAUGUGGGGGAAAUUUCCUUGACACAUAUUUUCUUGGGAUAUUUUCUGGGCCCCUUGGCACCAAUUUAACAUAAUUUAAAUGACAGUCUACCUGAGUAUUGUUGCUCAUUCAGCAAGUCGCAAAGCUCAAAUCAUUUCAAACUGUUUUCUUGAACAUCAGAGGGAGUUCACUGUACUCAAAUGGCCUCCACAGUCACUGAUCUCAGUCCAGUAGAUCAUCUUUGGGAUGUGGUAAAAAAUAAGAGUCACAUCAUGGCUGUGCAGCAGACAAAUCUGCAACAACAUUGUGUUUUGCUAUGAUUUCAAUAUGGACCAAAAUCUCUGAGGAAUGAUUCCAGCAACUUGUUGAAUCUAUGCCACGAAGAGUUAAUGUAGUUCUAAAAGCAAAAGAGGGUUCCACUCAUUACUCGCAAGGUGUACCUAAUGAAGCAGCCAGUGGGUGGAUAUAAGUAAUAUAUUAAUAUUCUGACAAAUUUCAGAUUUAGAGUUGUAAACAGAUAACCAAACAUAAUGCAGGAAAGAGAAUAUAAGUAUAAUACAAGUAUAAUAAGUAUAAUUUUAGCCCACUUUGUGUAUGACUUGAAUACAGUUCACAUGUGGACACAGUCAGCAGUGACACAAAAUCGGUCAUUAUUCCGAGUCUGUUCCUUAAAUGUAUCCAUUCGUGAUUGUUAUCCAGUAUGUAGUAUCAGACCGUGCUUAUAUUACGGUCCAGAAGAGCCCUUAAAGGACUCUGAGCAAAUGUUCUGAUUGUAUUAUGAUACACUGUUUGCCAACUGUUAGAGGUUUAGUCGUUUUUGAAAAGUGCAGAUUUACUUUAGCAGGUUUAUCACCUGAGACCACCAUAGAAAUGAAUGUUAAUUAAUCUGAGUCUAUUCUUCAUCCACCAGUAAUUAUGCCUAGUAAGCUUUCACAGUAUAGGAGCUGUAGUUGUAAUGAGAAACAUGGGCUUGAUGUAGUUUUAUUAUAAAAAAUGCCAACUGUUUUUUUAAUGUGUUAUAUGUGGCUAGGAAUCACAGAUGUGCCGUCUGAUUGUUGCGAUUACGUGAACUUGAAAGCUCAGUCUGAAAUUCGGUCAGUUGUGUGUGUGCUGUUCAGUGCAAUCUCAGUUUUGAGGAAGUGGCAGUGAUGUAGUCAAGUCUUUCUUAGCUGUAAGUGAAGAUACACGUUUGGGUUUCAAAGUGCAUUCGUCUGGAUUCUGAGGUAUUUGUGGCUUUUGGUAAUUUUCAUCCUGCUAUUAAGAAGAUCAAAGUAAAAGUGGCAAAAAAUCUCUGAAAUUUAAUUGUUUAGUUGUUUUUUUUAUGCAGAAUUGAAAGAUAGCUUAUAUUAGAUUGAAUAUAGAGACAGUAUUUAUUAAUAAGAGGUGUUGGCUUUCUGUGUAAUAUUGAUGAGUUUGAUGUUUUGUGUACAAUAUUGAAGCCUAUUGUAUUAUUACAAAAUUAUUUUUCUUCUUUUUUUUACAUGAUGACAGUAUUAUUUAUGAUUGUUGUAUUUACAAAAGUCUUAUUUAUAGAUGAUUCAUUUGUCUGUGGUUGUGUUUUUAUC